UCAACGCCAAAGCACGGCGCGCUCCUGGUUCAGUGAAAGUUCGUUUCGUUCGCGGAAUCCGCACUCAAAUCGAAUGUACAAACAAAAUAUUCGCGUUUCCCCAAUUGUUCUGCGCCGCCGACAAUUGUACUGUGAAAUGCAGCAUCUGCCAUAAUGGAUUCGUCUGUUUGUGUACGUUUGUUCAAAGAAUCCAGCAUGCAUCGACCGGCGCGAAAAUAUAUUCGGAACUAUGGUGGUUGGUUCUUCAUUCGGUUUAAGAGUAUACUGCUCUCUCCUUUCAAGCUUUGCAACUGCUUUGGACGCCUAUCAAAAUGUGCAACGAUGCUGAAGAGUCAGUCAGGUGAGCAGUUUCCAGUGAAACUGAGGCCAGACGAGGAAUCUACGACUGAUCCUGAGGCAAUCCAAAUAGAAACGCAUGGCCAUGUACUGAAGCAAAUCGUUGUGCCCUUCAUUAUAGCUGGACUAGGCAUGGUAGUGGCCGGAAUGUUCCUGGACAGAGCCCAGGCUUGGGAUGUAUUUGUGAACGUAUCGGAAAUCAUGAUUUUGGUUCCGUCACUGCUUGGACUGAAAGGUAAUUUGGAAAUGACUCUGGCUUCCCGACUGUCAACUUCAGCAAAUCUCGGAAAAAUGGAUGAUCCCAAGGAACAAGUAUCGAUGAUUUGUGGGAACCUCAGUCUUGUCCAGCUCCAGUCCAUAGUUGUUGGGCUUUUAUCUUCGAUUGUGGCAGUCUGCUCUUCGGCCUUAUUCAAAUAUGAUCUCAAUAUAAGUCACAGCCUGCUUCUUGCAUCAUGCAGUAUUGUAACUGCUUCAUCAGCCAGUCUUAUACUAGGGGCUAUUACAUCAAUGGUGAUAAUCGCCUCCAGAAGAUACAGUGUGAAUCCAGAUAAUAUAGCAACGCCAAUCGCCGGAAGCCUGGGAGAUAUUACUUCUCUAGUUCUAUUGUCAUUGAUUGCUACCGCCGUUUACAACAGUGGAGAUAAUAUGGCAGCGAUAUCGGUUUUGAUAAUAGUACUAUUCCUGGGUAUCAUGCCGCUCUGGUAUUUCAUCUCGAAAAGAAAUGAACACACCAAAACAGUUCUUUUCACUGGAUGGAAGCCGAUCAUUUUCAGCAUGAUGAUAAGCACGGUUGGAGGUCUGAUCUUGGAUAAGAUGGUCCAAAAGUACAGUGGAAUAGCGGUGUUCCAGCCAGUGAUCAAUGGUGUGGGAGGAAACCUUGUGUCGAUCCAGGCGAGCCGCUUGGCAACCGCUCUGCACCAGAGGGAGGGAACUGACACCCCCGGGUACCUUCCCCCCGGAUACAGCAUUCUCCCUUCGCCUUACCAAGUAUUCCUGUCUGAACAUCGACAUGCUGUGACUGCAAGGGUGCUGCUGUUCCUAGUAUUACCAGGACAGAUGUUUUUCUCAUUAGUAAUUUGUUUUCUGAAGACUAGUCAUAUUUGGUUGAACGUUCCUUUUUUGAUUCUGUACAUAAUUGCUGCAUUGAUCCAGGUUAUUCUACUGCUGUAUCUGGCCACAGUACUGACCAAUUACUGCUGGAGCAAGGAGUGUGACCCAGAUAACACAACGAUUCCUUACCUGACAGCACUGGGGGAUCUGUUCGGCAUCAUUCUGCUAGCAGCCGUCUUCCAGAUUCUCAACAUGAUUGGCAUGCCAUUCAAGCUGGCAGCCUAAAUUAGGUUAAGAAGUUUUUAAUUUAAGAAUCUCUGGUACCUGGACGAGAAUUAUGUCCUUGGUAUACCAAAAGAAAAAUACAUAUUUUUGCCUUGGUAGGCCCACUGAUUGUGUAAUAUAUAUUCAGUAAAUGAGUGAUAUAUCAUGAUAAAGUAUUGGUGCCCUAAACUUUAAAAUAGCCAGUAUUUUUCGCUAUAAAUUCAAUGAUGGUGCUAAGUAUUUUUUAAUAAAAUUCAUUAUAAUGUUAACUUCGAAGAUUUAACAUAUGUUUGACGAUCAUCUCUUCCAAAUUGGUUUGCAAUAAUCCAAUUUCCUUUACAAAAACUAUUUUAAACUCUUAUGAUUGAAACUCUGAAUCGCAGUUUUAACCUUAUAGACAAACCUAUAGACAAAUUUAAAUAAUUAUCAUUUCCAUAAUACAAAUUCUUGUUCUAGUCUUCCUUUGGUUGGGCUCUGAUUGAAAUAAUCUAAAAGUUUGAAACUUUCCCUAUUUGUAUAAUCUUUAUGACUAGACUGUUAACCACAGUUUUUUGUGAAAACUAAUAAUAAUUCACCCAUGUUGGAAAAUUCUAUAUAUGAAUGAUAUCUGUACACAUAAUUAAAUAUCCAUCUUCCAAGAUUAUAGAGAAAGGAAAGUACCUAUGUGAUUGAUUAGCUCAGUCCUGUCAUGAACCAUCAAAUAUCCCCUUUUCAGCGUUUAAAGCUCAUACUAUUAACACAUUAAAUUAUAAUUUUUCGCAAUUCUAAAGCGAGUUAGCAUCACCAGGAUCAGAAUUUAACAUAUGAGACAUUUAAUUAACAUAUUUAGAGCGUCUGGACCGGACACAACACUUCUAAUCUAAAUUUAUAGAGCCUUAAGCUCUCCAUACCACAAAUAUCACUAUAUUAAGAUUCACUUUCAACUGUCAGCAUUCUAUGUAAAAAUAACUUGAAUUUCUCCCAUUUAACCCUUUAGCGCCUGGCGUGAUCAGAGAAUCUGGAAUUGAGAAACUAUAAUGCUGAGAGUUUGUAUAGAAUCCCAUUGUUACACAUCAAUUUUCACUGCGAAAUAGCACCAGCCGAAUGAAAGUUCUGACUCAGUCAAGAGCAUCAUCGCGAUUGAAAGUAGUCCGAUCGUGAUCAUCACUGGCCACGAAAUUCUCCCAACUCUUGAUAAAGUCCUUGGUAGUGGCCGACACGUGUGGAGGUCGGCGUCUCCCGAGAAACGGCUCGGUCAGCGUGAUGUCGGUCGGUCCACGUCCGUUUUGCUCGAUGUGAAAUUCUGCACAAACCGGUCCAGGUUGAUGACCUCCAUGUUUUCACAACUUUGCAGGAACGACUCCUUCACGUCCCCACCUACCACUCUCCACUUCCACCACCUCAUUAGUACUAACUUUGUCAUCUUUGCUACACUACUGCUGCUGCGUGGUUAUUAUAGCAGGUGAAGCGACGUGCGCAACGUCCGCCACUGGAUGGGUGACCGUAGCGUCGCUCAGUCUGCUGACUCCACUGUUGGUGUCGACUGGCUGCUUUUGAUGAGUCAGCAUUUUGUCGACGAAGCAAAUCUUCAUCCACUCAUUCUCAUAGAACAUUGUCAAGUCUUUCAUCUCAAAAGUAGCCCUAUUCAGAAUGCACUGAUCAACAUUGUUGACCGGCUAAAAGAGUUUGGCAAAACUGGUGAUCAGCAACUUGGUUUGGUCGCAGAGCGCAUGCGCACCAAUCGAUGACGUCACAGGAUGGUGGUGAGAUAGCUUCACAGGCUGAUGGUGGGAUGACGACACCGGCUGAUGGUUUGAUGAUGUCACAGGCUGAUGGUUUUGUUUUGUUUUUUUGGAUUGGUUUUUACGGUUUUGCAGAUUUUAGAGUGAGAUGGUGGGAUGACAUCACAGGCUGAUGUUGAGAUGAUGUCACUGACUGAUGGUGUGAUGACGUCACAAGCUGAUGAUGGUUUUUUUGGAUUGGUUUCUACGGUUUUGCAGAUUUGAGAGUGAGAUGGUGGGAUGACAUCACAGGCUGAUGUUGAGAUGACGUCACUGACUGAUGGUGUGAUGACGUCACAAGCUGAUGAUGGUUUUUUUUUCGUUUUUUGGAUUGGUUUCUACGGUUUUGCAGAUUUGAGAGUGAGAUGACGGGAUGGUGGUAUGACAUCACAGGCUGAUGUUGAGAUGAAGUCACUAACUGAUGGUGUGAUGACGUCACAAGCUGAUGAUGGUUUUUUUUCGUUUUUUGGAUUGGUUUCUACGGUUUUGCAGAUUUUAGAGUGAGAUGGUGGGAUGACGUCACAGGCUGAUGUUGAGAUGACGUCACUGACUGAUGGUGUGAUGACGUCACAAGCUGAUGAUGGUUUUUUUGGAUUGGUUUCUACGGUUUUGCAGAUUUUGGAGUGAGAUGGUGGGAUGACGUCACAGGCUGAUGUUGAGAUGACGUCACUAACUGAUGGUGUGAUGACGUCACAAACUAAUGAUGGUUUUUUUUCGUUUUUUUUGGAUUGGUUUCUACGGUUUUGCAGAUUUGAGAGUGAGAUGGUGGAUGAGAUCACAGGCUGAUGUUGAGAUGACGUCACUGACUGAUCCUGUGAUGAUGUCAUAGCGUCCACCCUUAGCAACAGUGCUGCCAGGCUGUUAGCACACUCGGCAAAACGGGACCCAUUACCUCCACUAGUUCUGUCAGUGAGCACAGGUCACUAUUAUAAUCUUUUUCUUCUCAACCUUUUCCCUGCACUCAGGUGGGGUCAGCGUUUCGGGUCAGUCACUUCCAUGAGUCUCGGUCAUAUUCGUUUGGUGUUAUUCCUUUCUCUACAAGGUCUUGGGCGAUAAAAUUUAUUAUAUCAUAACUUUUGAAAAUAUAAAUUGGUGCAGAACAUUCAUGUUUUACUGGGAUGAUUCUGAAAAAUUGAAUCAUUAACACAAAGUCCAAGUAUGCCUGUGUUUUAGUGCCUUAGAAAGGGCUGUGUUUAAAAUUAGAUUUAAAUAUAUUUAGGUAUGUACUUGUAUAUAGUCGUACAGCAACAACCAAGCUGUGAGAUAUCCAACUAAGACACAGACAUACCCAUCCAAAAUAAUUGAAAUUUGAAUGAUAUUUAUUCAUAUCUCCUAAAUUGAUGACUUUGUUCGUUCAAUAUCAUUCUCUAACUUUAUCUUGAUGUCUAUUCUAUCCCCUAUCAGAAUAUAUUAAAUUAUCAAUUUGAAUUUCCCAAUGAAUAUAAGGUUAUUCCACCAAAGUUGGAUUCAUAUAAGAGAAGAGCGUUCAACAAUAUUACUUCCAAGUUAGUAUUGUUUAUGGAGAGAAUGAAACAUGAUGAUUUAUCGAAUAACAUUGAUAGAUCAAUUAUAUUUUUAAGAUAAGCACUUGAUUCUAAGAUAUAUUCGACAUUUACUCAUAGAGCUGAGACUCUUUUAUAGUGUAUUUUCUCAAUUAUUAUGUUGAUCACUGUGUGAUACAGUUGACAUUGGAUGUGAUUAUAGUUAAUUAUACCACAUAAAUGUAAAAAAUUAUAUAAAUGCUUUGGGAGAAUUAAGCCUCACUUGUAAACUUUAGGGUACAGAGUUCAUUUAUUUAGAGGAGCAAUUUUAGAACAUUUAAUCGUUUCAAGAGAAACAAUUUUGCAGGCGAGAAAAUUUUCAAGUAUGAUUGCUGUUAUAGGAAUCUUGGCUCAAUCUGAAUGGGUGACCUCCAUCUAAUCGAUUGCCAAAUAAAUUAAAAUCAAUACAGUAGAUGAAUUUUUUCAAUCUUUAAUUUUGUAAAUUAUUCAUGAAAUAACGUACUCCAUCAUACAAAAAUUUUAGAUUAAUAACAUGUUUCUUCAUAAAAUGUAUAAAUUCAGGGCUACUUUCCUGUAUUUAUAAAAUAGAAUUAUUAGUACCCUUUAAAAUGAAUGAAAUGAUAAAAUAAGAAUACAAAUUUAUAUUAUUAUUUUAUUAAUUUCAAAGUGUACUAUAAUUCUUUAUAAAAAUACAAAUGAAUGAUACAUUUCUGAUACAUCAGCAACUACUUUCACUCAAGAAACUGAUAUUGGAUGAACUUCCCUUCAUUAAAAAAUAUUAUUAAACACUGAAUUUUAAAGAAAAUAGCUAUUUCUAUUAUUUCCAGCUUUCAUUUGUUGAAAGAGAACGAAUACUCUUUUGAAUUGCAAAUUAUUCACAAAAAAUUUCCAUUAAAUACAAUAUUUGAUUGUAAUAUACAAAAAUAUAGAUUUUAAACAACCUCAAUACUAUUCACAACAUUUGAAAUUGUGGAAUGAUAAUGAAAUCAAUGUGUAAAUGAUCAAAAUGCAUAAUACUUAACUAAAAUGAAAUUUUAAGUUAAUACAGAAUCAAAACAUAUGAAGAGAAAUUUAUAAAAUGGAGAUGGAGUUUGUUAACGUCAUGAAUGAUGAGAUAAAUGCCAUUUUAUUUGUAUUAAGAUUGAGUAAAAAAUGGUUAGUCGAAUAAAAUAAUAGUCAAUGAAUGUGAAAUGUGUUAUUACAAUAAAUAAGUUCACAAUAUAUGAGAACACGGAAACUGAUAGAAAUACUGUAUAGAAACUUAAGGAAUAUAUACAGGCUGUUUCUAAUAGCCUUACUUGACACUAUCACAUCUUUCUCCAUAUUUAUAUCUACAAACCUUUGCUUGAGACGCCAUUUUCAGUGUAGUUUUUUGAGAUGUUCAAUGUUUUAAGACAAAAAACUGAAAGUUGAAAUUUCACAAUGAAUGCAACAAAAUGUAGGCUACAUGAUAUAAAAAAUACUAGAGUUCCAUGUUAAAAUGUCACAGAAUUUCAAAAUUCUGAAGUUUAAACUUCAAAAAUUAUGAGUAAAACCGUUGUUGUAAUUUGACUAUAAUAGAUGUGAUUUAAAAUGUAGAUUGUGAAGCAGAUACCAUUACAUCUUAUGGAAAGUGCUUAUUUUGAUCUAAAAAUAAUAUUUAGAUGAGAAAAAUUGUGAAAUGAAUAAUAUUAUAUUUUUUAAUAAAAGCCAAAUCCUAAUUAUUUUAGUAUAAACUAAAUGUGUUGUUGACAAACAAUUUAUUGAACUGUGAUGUUGAGUCGGCCUUCAUUUUCAGUUGUUGAAGUUUCUUGAAAAUGAUUCUUCAAAAAACACCUGGGCCUAAUUUUAUUAGUAAGCUUUAAUAUGUUAUCAUCCUACCAAACAUGUUAAGCUUUAUAGAUAUUAUGUUCUGAAUGUUGAAUUCAGUUUCAUAGAUUAGUGUUGGAAGCUUAAUAUAUAUUGAAUAUAUAUUAAAAAGAGGAACAAUUCAUUAUUACUAUAGGCACAAAUCUCCUACAGCAUUAUACUAUGUAAUCACCAACUGUCUCGUAUAAUAACUAUUAUUGGAGUAGAAUAUUAUUUAUAGGUUACCAUGAAAAAGUACUUAGUUGUAAGUUUCGCAAUGUCAUGACAAUAUUUUUAAUUUGCAGUAUAAACAAAACAAAAUAAUUAUUCUUCUAAACGAAGUGAUGCUUUUUCAAGUAAGUGCCAUACAAAGGAAUUUCCUUCCUGAGUGAAUUCUUCUUCAAUGAUAAUUUUAUUUUUCUUUGUUGAUAUUAUAGUCUAUAAUAAAAUAGAUUGUUCAAAACAGAAUUUUUUCCAUAUUUUGCAAGACUAUGUAAGUUGCAUUCGAUUAAAAACUCACUAUAUCUGUCAAACUCAAUUUCAAUUAUAUAAUUGGAAUAAGUCACAUUAUCAGUACAUCUUGAUUAGGCACUUUACUUCUGGAGGAUAGUUUAACACUUCUACUUUCCGUAGCUGAAUAAUUGUGAACAUCUUUAGAAUAAGUAAAUGAUUUUUACUACCUAUCUAUUAUAAUAUUCUGUAAUAUCAAUUCUCCUCUAUAAGCACAACUUUAUUUGAAACUUCAAUGAAAAUGCAGUUGGUGAUUCAAAUAAGGAAUUGACAAUACCAAAAAUUGGUAGAUUUAAAAUAGAUAACUAUAGAACAUAUCGAAAAUUACUAUGGAAUUGAGAUUUUUCCCAA